AUGAUAUACCAUUUAAAACAGCUAACAGUCUUCCUGAUACUCCUGCCCUUACCCUCUGGACUUGACCCACAGCAACUUCCCACAAUGUCUGACUUAGGGGUACAAGAAAUCGCACCUGACAAAAGAUCUGCAUUUCCUUUCUCUGGCGGAGAGACCAGUGCGUUAGAUAGACUUAAUAAAUACCUCUGGGAGACUGACAGUGUGGCUGUUUACAAGGAAACCCGUGAUGGGAUGGUCGGAUCAGACUAUUCAACUAAGUUUUCAACUUGGUUAGCAAAUGGGUGUUUAUCUCCACGACAGAUCUAUUGGGAACUCAAGAAAUAUGAGUCAAAGAGAACAUCAAACCAGUCCACACAUUCGGUUGUAUUUGAACUGUUGUGGCGCGACUACUUUAAGUAUGUUGGACUGAAACAUGGAGAUAAACUUUUCAAUUUAGAUGGUAUAAUGGGGAAGCAAAUAGAGUGGAAACAAGACCAAAAACUAUUUGAAGCUUGGAAAGAGGGUAGAACAGGUGUCCCUUAUGUUGAUGCAAACAUGAGAGAGAUGGCAGCUACAGGAUACAUGUCAAACAGAGGCAGACAGAAUGUUGCUAGUUUUCUCACUAACGAUCUGAAGCUGGAUUGGAGGAUGGGAGCAGAAUGGUUUGAAUCUAUGCUGAUUGACCAUGAUGUCUGCAGUAACUAUGGCAAUUGGCAAUAUAGCGCUGGUAUUGGCAAUGACCCCAGUCAAGACAGGAAGUUCAACGUGGUGAAACAGGGACUUGAUUACGACCCCCAGGGAGAGUAUUGGUUGCUCCUGAGUGGAGCACACAGUAAAAAGGUGGUUCAGCUAGAGGGUCAGGUCGUUGAGGGGGUAAAGUUAGAGGGGGACGGAAUAGUAGCCGUGGGGGGAGAGGACAUCAAAGAGGCAUUGACUUCUACUUCCAGAACUCGAACCCAAUAACAUAGUGUUCCUAGAGUUUGACAUUCAAUAAAAUGUUUCUAGAAUUCCACAGUUCAACGUAGUGAUCCUAAAGUUGGACAUAGUGUUCUCAUCAAUACUACUACUCACACAUGUUUGUGGAACACCUUCAUAUCUCUAAAAAGUGUACUUGGGAGGUGUUUCGCUUACAGUGGACCAUUUUGAACUUUAACUCAGUUGGUCAUUGUAUAGUACAAUACGCUGGCUUUUAUCUGCAAGAUCAUUAGACUACAGGAUUUCAUGAUUUAAAAAGGUUAUUAGUUUUUUUCUUUCUUACCUCUGCUCACUCUUUGCUUAUAAUUAUUUUGUACCAUACAUUAAUGUUCAUUUAUAAUUUAAUCAUGUUACUUACCAAUGGACUGGUCAAAUGUUAAAUUGGGAUGUAGUAUACUGCAUUUAAAUUCAAACUAUUGAAUUAUUGUGAAAAAUCCAAAGCCGGAUCGUACAAUUUCGUUAUACAGGUGUAAAACAGAGUAUUUGUCAUAUUGUUCCACAGUGAACAUUAAUAAUACUAUGUCAUUGACAAUACUUUUACAAUUGUACAAUAUACAUAUAUACUCAUACUGUUUGAAAAUAUAACAAGCAAUUCCUGCUAAUGAUAUAUAGAUUUCA